UGCGCCUGUCACACCCGCGGCUUGUUGCGGAGGAGGAGCGGGCGCCAUGGCGGUUCUGCUGGAGACCACUUUGGGCGACGUCGUCAUCGAUCUGUACACUGAGGAGCGGCCGCGCGCCUGCUUGAAUUUCCUGAAGUUGUGCAAAAUAAAGUAUUACAAUUAUUGUCUUAUUCACAAUGUACAGAGGGAUUUUAUCAUACAAACUGGUGAUCCUACAGGGACUGGCCGUGGAGGAGAGUCUGUUUUUGGUCAACUGUAUGGUGAUCAAGCAAGCUUUUUUGAGGCUGAAAAAGUACCAAGAAUUAAGCACAAGAAGAAAGGCACUGUGUCCAUGGUGAACAAUGGCAGUGAUCAACAUGGAUCUCAGUUUCUUAUUACUACAGGAGAUAAUCUAGAUUACCUUGAUGGUGUUCAUACAGUGUUUGGUGAGGUGACAGAAGGCAUGGACAUAAUUAAGAAAAUUAAUGAGACCUUUGUUGACAAGGAUUUUGUGCCAUAUCAAGAUAUCAGGAUAAAUCAUACAGUGAUUUUAGAUGAUCCGUUUGAUGACCCUCCUGAUUUAUUAAUUCCUGAUCGAUCACCAGAACCUACGAGGGAACAGCUAGAUAGUGGUCGAAUAGGAGCAGAUGAAGAAAUUGAUGAUUUCAAAGGAAGAUCAGCUGAAGAAGUAGAAGAAAUAAAGGCAGAAAAAGAGGCCAAAACUCAGGCUAUUCUAUUAGAAAUGGUGGGAGACCUACCUGAUGCAGAUAUUAAGCCUCCAGAAAAUGUGCUGUUUGUGUGUAAAUUGAAUCCAGUGACCACUGAUGAAGAUCUGGAGAUAAUAUUCUCAAGAUUUGGGCCAAUAAGAAGUUGUGAAGUUAUUCGGGAUUGGAAGACAGGAGAAUCCCUCUGUUAUGCUUUUAUUGAAUUUGAAAAGGAAGAAGAUUGUGAGAAGGCGUUCUUCAAAAUGGACAAUGUCCUUAUAGACGACAGAAGAAUACAUGUGGAUUUUAGCCAGUCUGUUGCAAAGGUUAAGUGGAAAGGAAAAGGUGGGAAAUACACCAAGAGUGAUUUCAAGGAAUAUGAAAAGGAACAAGAUAAACCAUCUAAUUUAGUUUUGAAAGAUAAAGUAAAGCCCAAGCAGGAUGCAAAAUAUGAUCUUGUACUAGAGGAGCAAGCAGAAGAUUCAAAAUCAAGUCACUCACACACAAGUAAAAAACACAAGAAGAAAACUCGUCACUGCUCUGAAGAACAAGAAGAUGAGGACUACAUGCCGAUCAGAAAUACUAAUCAGGAUAUCUACAGGGAGAUGGGAUUUGGUCACUAUGAAGAAGAAGAAAGCUGUUGGGAGAAACAGAAGAGUGACAAGAGAGACCGACCUCAGAACCGAAGUCGUAGCCGAUCUCGAGAAAGGGACGGCCACUACAGUAAUAGUCACAAAUCCAAGUAUCAGACCGACCCCUACGAAAGAGAACGGAAUAAAAAGAGAGACCGAAGCAGGAGUCCCAAGAAAUCCAAAGAUAAAGAAAAAUCUAAGUACAGAUGAACAAUGAAGAACCAGACAUGGGUGGCUAAUGUAUUUACUGUUGUCUAACUUAGAGCAUCAGCUGUUCAGAUUUUGUGUCAAAGCCGUUAAAGACUCUGCUUGUUAUUUUUUUUUCACACUAGGGUUAUGGCCCUUUUCAGUUGAUACUGAUUGUAUAGGGCACAGAAAGACAAUAAAAAACUGAACAUUUUCUUUGUAUACUUUUUUACACUAAUUUUAUUGUUAUACAUAAACAGUAGUCUUCAUUUUUAAAGUCUUUCACAUUUUCCACUCUUCUUUUUUUUAAAUGGAAGUAUUUCAUACUUACAAAAAUUCACAAACAUGUAUAUAUAAGGUAUAAAGAAUAGUAAAUAUUUGUGUGCCCAUGAGCCAGCUUAAGAAAUAGAAUAUCUCCUACAUUUUAGAAACUCUCUUUAUGCUCUCUCCUCAAGUGAUGAUGAUUCUGAAUUUUGUAUUUGUCAUUCUCUUGCUUGUUAUAAUUUUACACCAAUGUAUGUAUUCUGAAAUGAAAUGUUAAAUUUUGUAUGUUUUUGAAUUUUAUAUAAAUGGCAUAAUGUA